CACGUGCACUUCACUGAAUUGAAGACUGAAGUUAGGUGAAAAGUGUAAACACUUUAAAUUGACAAUAAAGAUUUACUGUGUAUUCGUGCACUUUUUAUCACUUUCAAAUUUCAAUUUACGUACUUAAAUUAUUAUGUUAUUACUAUUUACUUAAAUUAAUAUAUUCAGUUUUUUUCUUCGUUCUCUUGUCUGCUAGUAGUUCGGAAUGUUAUCAUCAAUACGGUUAUUACGUCGCACAUGUGCUUGUUUGCGGUUACAAAAACGAUCAAUUAAACAAAAUUCAAACUCAGAUAGCCCACUGCGACGCCUGCUUCGAGAUGCAAGUGCGUUUGGUGAAGCAGACCCUACAAAAGCGCCAGAAGGCGAGUUGCUAUGGGCAACACAACCGUACGCUACAGGUGUCAAAGAGCCUCCCCCUCACCAGGUUGACCCGACAGAGACCACAGUCCUAUUAUUCCCUGGCCAAGGGUCACAGUAUGUCGGUAUGGGGAAGUGCCUUGAUAAUGUGCCCUCUGCUAAGGAACUGUAUGAACUAGCCUCUAGUGUAGUUGGUUGGGAUGUGGCGCGAGUAUGCCGCGAGGGCCCCGAGGAGGAGCUACAGAGGCGCUGUCAGACUGCUGUGCUGGUAACGUCACUGGGGGCUCUGGAGCUGGCGCGCGAGACUCGGCCCGGCGCCAUCGAACGCGUGCGAGCUGUCGCCGGUUUUUCGCUCGGCGAAAUCACGGCUAUGGUUUACGUGGGGGCCUUGCAGUUGGAACAGGCCCUGCGACUCGUCGAGGUGCGGGCGGCGGCCAUGGAGGCGGCGGCGCGGGAGCGCGCGGGCGGCAUGCUGACGGUGUGGCUGGCGCCGGACGCCAGGCUGGGCGCGCUGCUGCACGCGGCGCGCGACCACGCCGCGCGCCCCGACGCCGUGUGCCAGGUCGCCAACUACCUGUACCCCGGCUGCAAGGUGCUCGCCGGAGAUGAAGAGGCGCUGCGGUACGUGGAGCGCGAGGGGCGGCGCCUCGGCGUGCGGCGCAGCGCGCGCGUGCGCGUGGCCGGCGCCUUCCACACGCCGCUCAUGGCGCGCGCCGAGGCGGCCGUGCGCGAGGCGCUGCGCGCGUGCGACGUGGCCGCGCCGCGCGUGCCGCUCGUGUCGGGCGUGGACGCGCGCGCCGUGCUCAGCGCGCCCGCCGCGCGCCGCCGCCUCGCGCGCCUCACGGCCGCGCCCGUGCGCUGGGAGCAGGUGCUGCACGCGCUGUACGCGCGCCCGCGCCCCACGCCGCAGCCGCUCACGCUGGCGCUGGGCCCGGGCGCCGCGCUGCGCGCCACGCUCAAGCUGGUCAACGCGCGCGCCUGGGACGCCUCCCUCCACGUCGACGUCUAGCCUAUCUUCGCGUAUAGAAUAUGUAC